UCCGAGUCAGAGCCUACAAAAAAACAUCGCAUCUCUACCAAGACAUAGCACUUCUCCUUCCUGGACUCUACUCAACACCAUCCACUUCUUACUGCAGGGUAUGAACACCUGCAUGCGAUAGCCGAGGAACCGUUUGAACGCCGUUUUUCCUGUCGCUCUUUUAGAUUUUCCCGUUAUUAUUUAUCAUUCGCGCGACUUCCCAGUUUGUAGGUCAUAUAUUGUUUUCGCCAGGAGAGCGCCAUCAAAGAGCGGAGCUUGUUAUUAAAGAGGGUUAAAAUCGCUUGAGCAACCAAGAGUGAGGACUUUACUCACAUCUCUUGAAAUUAAUAUCAGUAGCUACAGCCUGACAAUAAUCGAGCCACUGGAUAUCUAUGUGUCUUUAAUUCUGUAUCUAGGAUACCGCGAAGACUCGGUGUGGUCUUACUGUGUUUUGACGGAGGAUUGCAACAACCAUAUCGACGCAACCCAAACAUCCAUAUCAUCGUGGUUUCACAUUUAGAAACAUUAUAUCUGAUACGAAAAGCAAGAUAAGAGUCUAAAGCUUCUCUUUAAAAAUGAUGGCCGGUGGGGCAGUGCAGCAAAACGGGAUUUUCUCCAAUCCGCAUCAUCACAAUCAACAGCCGCACAUGGAGUCCGAUCCCCCCGAUUCCCGCAAAAGACCCUUGGAGACCCCGACGGAGGCCAGCAGCACCAAACGCACAAACACAGGAGAGAGCUGCAACCAAGAUGCCAUCCAUGAUCCACCAUUUUCAUCAGAUUUUGUCGGAUUUCACGAGGAAGGCGAAUAUUUCUUAAAGGUGCUGAUUCCGAGCUACGCUGCAGGCUCCAUCAUUGGCAAGGGUGGUCAGACCAUUGUCCAGCUACAGAAAGAGACAGGGGCCACCAUAAAACUGUCCAAAUCCAAAGACUUCUACCCAGGAACAACAGAGCGUGUCUGCUUGAUCCAGGGCACUGUAGAGGCGCUGAAUAACGUCCAUGACUUCAUCGCAGAGAAGGUUCGGGAGAUGCCGCAGAGUGCUCAGAAAACAGAGCCGGUCAGCAUACUUCAGCCACAGACCACUGUCAACCCUGACCGUGUCAAGCAGGCCAAGCUGAUAGUGCCCAACAGCACGGCAGGGCUGAUCAUCGGCAAGGGCGGUGCCACAGUGAAGGCCGUCAUGGAGCAGUCUGGGGCCUGGGUUCAGCUCUCACAGAAACCAGAAGGCAUCAACCUGCAGGAACGCGUAGUCACCAUCAGCGGAGAGCCUGAGCAGAACCGCAAAGCCGUGGAGAUCAUCGUGCAGAAGAUCCAGGAGGAUCCACAGAGCAGCAGCUGUCUCAACAUCAGUUACUCCAACAUCUCUGGCCCCGUGGCCAACUCCAACCCCACAGGUUCCCCGUAUGCCAACUCGGCGGAGGUGAUGCCGUCGGCUGCCGCUGCAGCGGCAGCCACAGCUUCCAGUCUCCUGGGGCAGGCCAGCCUGGCUGGAGUGGGUGCUUUCCCCACCACAAUGUCUAGCUUCUCAGGGAAUGACCUACUGACUAUCACAUCGGCGCUGAACACGUUAGCCAGCUACGGAUACAAUACCAACUCCCUGGGUCUAGGGCUCAACCCCGCAGCUGCCUCAGGAGUCCUCGCCGCUGUGGCUGCUAGUGCUAACCCUGCUGCAGCUGCAGCCGCAAACUUGCUAGCCUCCUACGCUAAUGAUGUAUCCACCAGCGCCGGCCACCCAGCAGCCAGUCUUGGAGGCUUCACGCUAGGCUCACUAGCCGCCGCCACCGGAGCUACCAAUGGCUACUUGAGUGCUGCUUCCCCACUGGUGGCAAGCUCUCUACUGGCCACUGAGAAGCUAACAGAGGGGGCAAAAGAUGUGGUGGAGAUUGCUGUGCCAGAGAACUUGGUUGGUGCCAUUUUGGGGAAAGGAGGCAAGACGCUUGUGGAGUACCAAGAACUGACCGGAGCCCGCAUUCAGAUCUCCAAAAAGGGAGAGUUUGUUCCUGGCACCAGAAACCGUAAAGUUACCAUUACCGGAUCGCCAGCCGCUACACAGGCAGCCCAAUAUCUUAUCAGCCAGCGAAUCACAUAUGAGCAGGGUGUGAGGGCCACCAAUCCGCAGAAGGUGGGCUAAAAACAGGGAGUAUGUAAAAGGAGAGCAAGAGUGGGGGAUGGGGAAGAUACAGAGAAAGAGAUGGAGGGCACGAAUAAUGAAGAAAAUCAACCACAUAUUUUGUGGAAAUCUCAGUAUUAAAAAAAGAUGGGAAAAUAUCCUCUCAAAGUGGAAAAUUUAAAAUCGCAAAAAUGUGUAAAAUGUAAAUAUGGGUUUAUUUCUUAAGUUUUAAUCUUUUAACAUUUUUAUUGGUUGAUUUUUGUUGUUUUUUGUGCAUUUCUCUGGACAGCAGUGAAUGGCAAUUCAACCUGGCAUGCUGCUGCACUGUGGCUCCCAGCAGGUGGGCAAGGUGGUGGGAUGGGGGAGAAUGGGGUGGAGCAAUUGGACAUCCAACCCCGCUGGAAUUAGCCCUUUCCCCACCCCCAUCCCCUCCUAGCUGAGAGAUUUUUGUUCUUUACUUUUUAGUCCUUAGUUUAAUUCCCAACCUUUUUUUUGAGACUGAAAAUAAUCCCCCCAGUCUGUGAAACCCCAUAACCCAGCCCCCCUCACCCAGGCCCUCCCCAUCCCAGCCAGCCCGACCCUGCCCUGCUCUGGGCAGGAUAGGGCAAGGGAUGUGAGGCUGCUCCAGUGUCUCUCAGCGCCACUAGACAUUGAUCUGGGGCCUCAGUUUGACCAGGUAUAUGCCACGCCAUGCUACAGAUGUUGUUAGCAUAAGGGAAGCUUGCAGAUCAUAUUGUGGACAUAGGCCAUGACAAAAAAAUGCACCUGCUAUGGUCAGAAUAUUUAGUACCAGAGAAAAUUUCUCUAUGGAAAUUUAAGUCUGGUGUUUAUACAAAUAUUGCUAUCAUUAUUAUUACUACUUCUAUUAUUAUUAUUAUUAUUAUUACGAAUUAUCAUCACCAUCAACGUUAUUUAUUAAUAUGAUUUCACCCAUAAGGACUGAGGUAUUUUUUGUUUUUCUUAAUCUGUGAAUUCAGGUUGACAUGAAUGUAAAGACAAUAUUUUGGAUUCAGUUUUUUAUUUAAGUAGAUUGAAUCAUGUGUCCAUGGAAUAUAUGUCUUAUUUAAUGUCCAGUGAUAACUGCACUGUUGGCACCAACAGAGUAUAGGAGCAAGUGUACUGUACAGAGAUAUUAAUACAGUUUAAACAACAAAAAAACUCUGACACACUCAAACACACACACUAUUACCAGAUCAAAUGCUGAAUUUGAUCAUGAGCAGACUUGAAAUCACAAUGGGACUAGACAAUUUAUUAGCAGAUCUACUGAAUUAGAAUGUAGGUCUUUGCACAAGUCCAAGGGAGUGUACCAAUGACAAGAAAACAUCUCUAUAUUAAAGUUCAUCCCUUUCUAUAAUGUCCAAAAAGUCAGUCUGUAGUUUACGCUGCCCUACUGUCCAGAACUCUGCAGUGCUAAAGAUAUUGUGCACUUAGAGCCACUGCAGUCGAAUGUCUGCACAAAUCUUCUAUUGAUGUCAUUGGGAGAUUUGUAUAGAUAUUCCCGAUCAAAUUGGAAAAUGAACAUACUACUGAACAAUUAUAGCCAUGAACAAAGUUACACUCUGAUCGACACUGGCUGGUUAGUUACAUAGUCUGCCCUAAAAAUUGUGUCAUUGUUGAAACAGGUUGCUGGCCCUAUUACGGCCAAUAGUAGCCACAAGUCCCCGAACCACUACUGAGUCUAAGAAUUGUUUUGGGUGCGUUAUGAUUACCUAUAUCAGGAUCACCUAUACCCUUCCAAAAUUAAUGGGCUCUUCAUGUAAACAAAUUCCUGUGCAGAUUAGAACUACCCAAGUGUGACGUAUGUGCUGCUGAUGAGGUCCUAGUUUGUUUUUCCUUUUUUUUUAAGUCUGAGUACACUGAAUUUUGUCUAAAUGCACUGUGAAGUGUGGAGGCCAUGAUGGAAGGCCAAGAAAAGUCAGGUUUCUUUAUCAUUAUCGUAUUGAUGCACCACAGUGAUGUAAUGUACUCUCAUGUUUAUACCAACCUCCAUGGAGUCAAUGUAUUGUUCACCGUUAGGAAGCAGAGGAUCAAUGUUGGAAUGGUUAGGUUGGGGUCAGGUGCUUCGAGAUUAUUGCACAUCAUGUUGCUGGAUCUAACCUUCAUUUUCCAGUUUUCCAAGCCCCAAUAACCGAAUCCCAAUCAAGAGGGUGUAUAUGUAUUGUGAAAAGGCAGUGGAUGGUGUAUUUAUUUUCAUCUAGAUGAACUUUGUGUCCUCCAAAAUAGUAAUACGACUAGAAAAGAAACAGGCAUAUUUAAUAUUUUUACUGGAUGAAAUCUAUUUAAAAGCUACUACCAAUACAUAUCAGGAUGUUUUGCAAUUUUCUAAAAGACCAGGCUUGCAUACAGUACGUUCAAAUGGAGAGCAUUCCCAAACAGAUUGGACGGCUACAGAAUUAGACAGCGCUGUGCUCUCUCUCCCCUCACUAAAGUUAUGAUUCUUUCCUAUCCUUUGCUAUUGGAGCACCAGGGGAAAGUAAAUCUGAACCAAUUGGUAAGGAGGCUUCUUUAUUCUCAUCUAAAAACCAUUACCUCCCCUCACCUCUUCUCAACCUUUUUUUACCUUCGUGCACCCCCAUUCUGACACAUCAACCCAGAGACCCCCUUCUCUCACAUCUCUCCAUGGGUGGCAAAGUCUGGUGUAACAGUGCAUGUUUGCUUGUUCUUUCACAAAACAAUGUUGGAAGGUAACAAAAAGGGAAGAUGUGUCUACAGAGUAGAACGUAGAAGCUUGCAAUAGAUCGCAAUGGAGCAUAACACACCAUUUUCUGUCAUGUUAAGGCCAAUUUUUUAAAAGGGAUAUUGUCCUGAGCCAUCAAUAUUUUUGUGUGGUGAGUGUGGGUAUGUGUGCAGCAAGCUUUCAGUCUAGAGUUUGGGAUUAUAUCUGAACUUAAAGCAGUUGUGCCCUAGGUUAGGAGGACUAACAAGCUGAAUAGAGAUGGAGAAGUUUGUUUUGCAAAACAUCAAUUAAUCCAUGUACUCAGUUAGCUAGUUGCCCAUUUAUGAUGUGCAAUGUGAUCUUUUUUUCCAAACGAAGGGAUAUCAUAGUUAUAUUAGGAAUUUUUUAAGAGAGAGCUACAAAGACCAAGCCGAGGAAGUGAUGGCAAUCGAGUGCCUCCGCAUUUUAGAGUGCAUCUGUGCAUUCGGUUUUACCCAUGAUGAUGCAGUACUUUUAGGAGACACUUGAACAGUGGAAUCAGUCAUGUUUUAGUGUCAGUAGAUCCCAACAUACAAAGACACACAUUGAUAAACACACACAGACACAUUUUUGUAAAUCAAGAUCACAUAAUAGUUUAAUUUGAUUAAUACAAAAAAGCAAGAUAUUACUGUGACAAUUCAAUGUGAAAACUAAUUAAGGUGCCAAUGUUGUGUCAAGGAGCAGCUUUCUGUUUUUUAGUUUUUGUAUUCAGUACUAAAAGUACAUA